GACCAUUGUACUCGUAAUAAUGGUUUAAUCCACCUGCUAAUUUAUUUGUAUAAUUUUUACAAAACAAAAAUGAGAGAAUUAAUUGUAAAGCUUAAUUUAUAAGUAAGCACAGAGCGAAAGUCAUGCCUACAAUUUCAAAAUUUCCGUAUAAUUUUUACUGUUUUAUUACUAAAUUGUAAAUUUCGAUACAUUUGCAAUAUAGCGCACAUUUUAAAGGUUAGGUUAAACUUAUGACGUGCGCGAUACGUGCAAUGUAUGGUGCGCGUCUCUAACGUUAAUUAUUGUCUUAUUAUUGCUCGCGGGCGUCGAUAAAAAUUGUUCUUUUAUCGUGGACACGUUUUAUUAAAAAACUCGAAAAUAUGAAUUAACAGUGAAACUGUGAUUCCGUGCUGAAAUUUGUAUUCAUGGACGAAAAGUAACAGUACAUUAUCUGUUAAUUUGUGCGUCAGCUUUGUGUUUGUUCACUACAAUGUCUGUACGUAGAAGAACCGAUCCAUAUUUGGCACAACGAAUAUGGGAUGCCAUAAAAAUAACUAUACAUCAGAGAAGUUUACCUAGUAAUGAACGUAUGGUACGAUACUUAGCUCGGGUAUAUGGAACUACAGAACAAGAAGCACAAGAAGUAUUAAACAAAGCAGUUGAUGAUGGACUUGUUCAUUUAAAGAAAGUACCAACAAAGAAUGGUAUAGAACAAGAAAGUUAUAGGCUACCAAUGGAUAUCACAUUCAGUGAUGAUCAUGACUGGUAUUGUUGUAAAUGUCAGAAAGCAGGGGCAGUAGAAUGCUGUCAACAGUGUUAUAGGGUUUAUCACUCUGAAUGCCAUGUGCCUAGUAAUGUUAAAUUAAAGAUAUGUAAUUUCUGUGAAAGUAUAAAUAACGAUAUAUACCCGGACAAACUUGAUCUCAACCAUAUUCUGAGCUUCACUUGUGGACAUUUGAAAGCAAAAUUGCCAACAGAAAUUACAAAUCGUACUAUUGUUUUUAAUGAUCCCGUUAUGCCAACUAAUAAAUAUUCAGGCCCCACCUGGAUCAGUGAAGGUGAAGAUGCAUGGCGACCGGGUGUUCUUAUAAAACACCAUAUGGAUUUGGCAAUAAUGGAUUCAAAAAUUAAAAAAAAUGCGUACAAUAAUCUUGCUGAAUUUGAGGCUGAUGCACACAAUAUCUUACACAAUAUUAUCGUAUACCACGGGGCUCAUAGUGUAAUUGGAGAAAUGGGACUCACGAUGUACCAAGAUUGCUGCUAUGACCUCCAGGAAAUACGACGUUGUGCUGAUUGUUAUAGAAUAUCAAACGAAAAAUCUGAGAAAAUGUGGUUUUGUUUACCCUGUAAUCCACCUCACCAGUUAGUUUACGCAAAGCAAAAGGGAUACCCAUAUUGGCCAGCUAAAGUAAUGCAAGUUAAUGACAACGUUUAUGAUGUCCGGUUUUUUGGAGGUCAUCACAUGCGUGCCAACAUCGAAAAAGUGUUCAUUCGUCCGAUUACUGCAAGUCUACAAAGUUUACAGCCUUCGGAAAAAGGAGUGUGGAAAGAAAUGAAGAUAAAAAGGUCCACUGCUUGGAACAGAGCAUUUGAAGAACUGAAGCAUCAUCAGAAUUUGCUGCAAAAGUCGGGCAAGAUUAUUGAAGAUUUGGACGUUGGCGACGAUAACGAGGGUCCAAAACCAACAAAAAUCCGGAAUAUUUCAUCAGGUUCGAAAAGUACGGCGAACAAUUCUAAUCCUGCGAUACAACUUAUUAAGGACUUAAGGGUUAAAGUUGAACGUCUCAGCUCAGACGGUCACAUUGAUCUGCCGACUACAGAGGAGAAAGAAAAUGAAGACAAAUCAUCGAUAAGUAAAGAUGGAAGUGAAGAAAGACAAGUGCCCUGUUUACCGGUAGCAGAAGAUGAACCUGCAAGAGAAAUAUCUAGUACUUGUCCUCAAGGCUUAAAAAAAGAAGGUUCACAAGAGGAUAUGGUUACAUCUAGUUCUCAAGAACCAAGAUCGAAAUGUGUCCUCGUUCAAACAGAACAGAUACAAACAGAAGCGGUACCUGCAAAGAUAAAAAGGGAACGCAGAACGUCUGAACAACCUACUACGACAGCACUAGAAAAACUACGUCGCGAAUUAGAACUUGAGAAAUGUAAAGAAUUAGAAAAGUUACAAGCUGAGCAUGCUAAAGAAUUAAGACAACUGACAGAUAGACAUCAACAGGUUAUAUCAGAAAUAAAGAAGAAACAAUGGUGUUAUAACUGUGAAGCUGAAGCAAUAUACCAUUGUUGUUGGAAUACUGCAUACUGUAGUACUGAUUGCCAACAAGUUCACUGGCAGCGUGAACAUAAAAGAGUCUGCCGACGUAAGCGCUAAUUAAUAAUGGAUGCAAUAAAGAUUCUCAUCAAAUAAUGAGUCUAUGGAAGAAAUUAAAUCAAUCGCUGUGUUUGUAAAAAGAAAAUACAUACUUUGUAGAAGCACAUUAAUAUAUUCUUGACACCAAUUUGACAUGCCUUUGUAAAUUUUCUCCUUAAAUGAUAAUAUUUGUAAUAUGUAUACAAACAAAUGUUCAAAGAGUGUCCUUAAUUUUCCUAUGAAAACUUAAUUAUUAUUAAUAAAAAGAGUCCUACUUUA